AUGAUAAAAAAUUAUUAUAAACAGUCAAAACAAUAAUCAUGGAAUUCAACCCAAAAACGAGGUUCUGAAUUUCAUUAGAAUUAAAGAUCAAAAUCAAAAUCUCCAGGUCCCAAUAAGUGUAAAACCCAAUCUAAAUUAAACAAUUCAAAUCUUACUACAUAUUAUAAAAUGGCAAUCGGAGAGUUUAAAUAUUAUUAGGAAUGCUUUCCAGAAGAAUAUACCAUACUCUCAAUAAACAAUGAAAUCCUCUUUGAAAAGGAUAUUAUUAAAUGUAAGUAAAAGGAUUCGCAACUUAAUACAACUUUAGAAGGUUCAUCAGAUGAGGAUUAAACUCAAAUACAAGACUUUACUCUCCGGACUUCUUUCAAUCCUAUAAACUAAACUUAAUAUUAGCACAGCUUUCGUUUUGUUUAUUCAAAUAGAGAGAGAAUAUUCGAAGAAAGGAGAACAUCUUUAAGUAGUUCUAAACCACAUACAUAGGUCCUUUGUAGAGAAGCUUAUAUUGUAGACACAACAGUCAAUUACACAGUAGCAAAAGGAGAAUAUUUGAUUGAAUAUUAUUGCAUUACUAAUACUACUAACGAAUUUGGAAAGAGUAUCAUAGUUAUUUAUAUUGUGUUUCAAAAUAUUUAUUCUGGAAUACAUAUCUUUUUGAUUCAGUCUUUAUUAAAUGUUAAUUUUCUGUGA